GUGCGCACCCUUGAGGCGUGUGCACGUCUGCAGGGUUCGUACGGUCAUGGAAAACCUGGAAAAGUCGUGGAAUUUUAAAAUGGCCAUUUCCAGGCCUGGAAAAGUCAUGGAAAAAACUUAAAUCAUAAAAGUUUGGGAAAAGUCAAGGACAUUUGUUAUAAUCACAUGUUCAUUUAUGCAGAGUUUGAAAUAAUUCAUAUGUUUUUUUUAAAGAAAGACGCUCAAAAUAUAAGCCGGCAUUCUACAUGUUUCAUGUUUAUGCCGAGAUUUCAGUUUGGUCAUGGAAAUUUGGUUUAAAGUCUUGGAAAUCCAUCGGUCAACAUGUGUAAGAACUGCGUCUGGCCGUUUGGUCUUCAAGUGCUUCGCCUCUUCCCCUCCGUACGCGUCGGCUCGCAUAAGGCCCGCUCUAUCGAAGCCUCGCCGUGAAAGGCGACCCCUGAGCUUGUUUGCCAAUGUCAGCACACGAGGAGCGAGGAGUGAGGAAUGGACACUGACAACUGCUGCUGAGAGGGGGAGGAGAGCAAAAAAAAUGUUUAGGCCAUGUUCCCAUUAACGUGGUUCAGUUUGGAAAAUAUGUCAAUGCUACAGGUCUUUCUUAUUGCAUAGAAAUGCAAACAAUAACUGUGAUAACUGACUUUGUUUCAACACUGAUGCGUCCAAGUCGUACAUAUCAGGAGGCUCGUGGUUUUCCGUCCAUUCAAGGUCUCGAUGAUCAGCCCGAGUUCUUGUCCAUUGGUUUUUCAUGCCCCCUCGCAUAGUCUGAAUUCCUCAGGGUGCUGCACAGAAGAUGAACACCAAGCAGACCCACAAUGCACAGCGCAGAGUCGCUGGAGUGGUCUGUGCACCUAUGAGAAGUCUGACGGGGGUCAGAUGGAGUAAACCAGACGGGAUGGAGCCGCGUCGGGUUUACGAAGCGGCGCUGUUAACGUCGGACAACGAGACGAGUCCACAGCGCCCCGACCCGGAGAGCCUCUGUGGGGAUGGAAGCCAAGCUGCCUCUCACAAGUCACUUGUUCUGUCGCUCUGCAGCCUCUUUAUCGCUGAUUGGGUGGAGAUCCUGGAGCCGCGCUCCCGCGAGCGCAUGUACGUGAACUUGACCACCGGCGAGUGCGGCUGGGACCCCCCGCUGGACGUUCCGGUCCGCCAGGCAGACGGCAACCAGUGGUGGGAGCUCUUCGACCCCCAGAGCGGCCGCUUCUACUACUACAACUCGACCGGGCGGCGCACGGUCUGGCACCGGCCCCAGGGAGCCGACAUCGUGCCCCUCUCCCAGCUCCAGGCCAUGAGACGGUGCAGCGAGGCGAAGCGAGCCGCGGGGGGCGGCGGCGGCGCGGACGGGCCGCGCCACGGCACCACGGGGAGCGUCGGGAGCGCCGGCAGCCAGGGGCGCGUCACGCCCGUGCCCGAGCGGGAUGGAGACGGCCCCGGAGCUCCGGAGGCCGACGAGGAGGCCGCCGCCGACCCCGAGCUGGACCCCGCGGCGGACAGCAGGUCGCAGGGAGACGGGAGCAGCACCGAAAGCGGCGCCGAGGGCGGCAAAGACCAGCCGAGGGACGCCUCUCAAAGAUGGCAGCCUGCGCCUGGCUCUAAGGCAGCCAUGUUGGUGAAAGUGAACAGCAUGAGCCGUAGCCAGCCCCUUCCCGCCUUGCCGCCGCCACAGCAGCCGCAGCCGCAACAGCAGCCGCAACAGCAGCCGCAACAGCAGCCGCAACAGCAGCCGCAACAGCAGCCGCAGCAACACCUCCAGCACAGUGCACACAGCAAAGCCAACACCUUCACCCUGCACCCGUCCGGCAGCAAGCCCCAGGGAUAUAAAAUGGCCCCUUCUGGCAAAAUGACCCCUGACGCGCGUCAGGCCCAUCACCUGAGAAAAGCCAGCAAUGGCAGCUUCUGUUUGGUGACGCCCGACGGCAGCCAUCCCAGUCCCCUCCUUCACCGAUCACAGACCAGCACCCCGCGCCCCGUCUCUCCCCAGUACGGCCGCACGACCCCAAUCUACGACGAGCCGGUGUCGGCGUGUCCCAUAUACGACGAGCCCCCGACCGACAUGGAGAUAGAGGGGGCGCACCUGUCCAACGGACCGCCUCCGUCUCGCCUGACGCCGACCCACAGCCUCCAGAAACCCAGACAGCUCCAGCACCCCGGUUCUUCUCAUUCAGGGUCCAGACACAGGACGAACCCCUCCGCCUCUGACUACAGCCCAGCUGGUCUGGAGUGCAUCAAGCACAUGAUCAACGUGGACCCCAAGCAGGGGCUGCUGCCCGGCUCUCCCGUACCCACGCGGUCCCCUUCCCCCGCCUCCAGGCAGGAUCCUGCCCCGACCCAAACACACGCCCAGCCCCAGGCCCACUCUUUGCCCCAGGCUCGAGGCCCGUCGAGGGACAGAGAGCCAGGGACCCCUGGCCCAAGCACACUGGACAAGAAGCAGAGCUGGCGGGUCCUCGAGGCCACCGUCCAGCGCGCCAUGGAGGCCCGACACAGCAGGCAGAGCAGCCAGGCAGAGCAAGACUUCCCCGCCUCCUCCACCCCCCUGGCCACAGCAAACUAUCAGGACUCUGGUUACUCCACCGGCCCCUCUCCCAGUCUGAGGAGAAAGAGCAGGAGGAGGAUGGGAGCCGGCGGCGCGGGCGGCCGCCCGGGGUCGGUGGGCAGCAGCGGGGAGCUGUGCGCCCUCAACGAGAGGCUCAUGGCCGAGAUGAGGGAGGUGGUGAGUCGCUCCAACACCAUGAGGGAGGUGCGAGCCGGGCUGGAUCCGGAGGUGGGGGCGACGGCGGUCGUGCCGCAGACGUGCUCCCCCGCCGACUCGCUCCGGUGGUACGGGGGAGGGGGUUCGGCGAGCAGUUGCGCGUCGCGGGAGGAGCUCGCCGCGACUCCCCGGUCACUGGGUCGGGCCGGCCACCCGGCGCUGCCGCCGCUGGAGAUACCCGGGAGGCAGAAAAGGACCUACGAGAAGGUGGACACCUUGGAGCUGAGUGUGAACAGCCAGGCCAGCCUGUCCUCGCCAGAGACCCCCGGGCCGCCCUCCCAGGAGGGCACCCUUGAACUGCAGGCUCAGUUGGAGAGCAGGAAGAAAGGCAUGGCGGACGGGCGGACCGCGUCCCUGGGCCCUCACCGGCCCGUCAGCCACGACGGCGGGGAGGACGGCGCCGGAGGCCGAGCGAGGGGAUCCUCCUACCAGCUCUCCUACGCCACCCUGCGGCAGCCCCCGCCCCCCAGCGCCGUGGGCAUGGAGGACUGGGCCAGCAAGCACCUCAACAUGCACACGCAGGGCCUGUUCCGCCGGCGCGUCUCCAUCGCCAACAUGCUGUCGUGGAGCCGCGGCUCCAUCAAGAAGCCCAUGCUCGUCACCAGCAACCGCGCCGUCCGCAAGGAGGCCUGCGAGAUGUUCAAGCUGGUGCAGGCCUACAUGCUGGACCGGCCGUCGCGCCUGGACCGCCGGCACUGCGGCCUGCUCAUCAUCACCAAGUGCUGGGACAUGCCGGGGCUGCGGGACGAGCUGUACGUGCAGCUGGUGAGGCAGACCACGGGCAACGCCGCGCUGAGGAGCCUGGCGUCCGGCUGGGAGCUGAUGGCGGUCAGCCUGGCGUUCUUCGCCCCCUCGCCCAAGUUCCGCUGCUACCUGGAGGGCUACAUCCAGAGACACACGGAGCCCGCCAGCGACAAGAAAUGUGAGUCUCAGACUGAGCAACAGGUGACUCAGUUCAUCUUGGAGCAGCAGGAGCUGAAGCUGAAGAAGUCCAGAAAGAAGAGGAAACAGAGCACCGAUGAGGACGAAGGUCUGCCCAUCAGCACGUACGCCAAGUUCUGCUAUCGGAAGCUGCAGAAGGUGGCGAUCACCGGCGGCAAAAAGGGCCUCCGCAAGCCCACCUUGGAGGAGAUCGACCACAGCCGGCGGGCCAUCGUCACGCCCUCCCUGUUCGGCAGCUCUCUGGAGGAGGUGAUGGAGCGGCAGAGCGAGCUCUUCCCCGACAGGAAGCUGCCCUGGGUGCAGGUCCAGCUCUCCCAGUACGUGCUGGCUCUGGGCGGGGCUCAGACGGAGGGCAUCUUCAGAGUGCCUGGAGACAUCGAUGAAGUGAAUGCUCUGAAGCUCCAAGUCGACCAGUGGAGGAUCCCAGAGAAUCUCUCCGAUCCCAACGUUCCUGCCUCCCUCAUGAAGCUGUGGUACCGAGAGCUGGAGGAGCCGCUCAUCCCGUUGAACUUCUACCUGCAGUGCGUCAGCAACUGCGACGACCCGGUGGCGGCCAUCACUGUAGUCCAGUCUCUGCCGGAGCUCAACAGGCUGGUGCUCUGCUACUUCAUCCACUUCCUGCAGGUGUUCGCUCAGCCGUCCAACGUGGCCGUGACCAAGAUGGACGUGAACAACCUGGCCAUGGUGAUGGCGCCCAACUGCCUCCGCUGCCAGUCCGACGACCCGCGGGUCAUCUUCGAGAACACGCGCAAGGAGAUGUCCUUCCUGCGAAUGCUGAUUGUUCACCUGGAGACGGGUUUCAUUGAAGGGGUGGUGUAGACCCCCCACCCCCGACCCCCACCCCUCACACCCAGGUGCUGAAUCGGCAUCUCCGGGUUACACAUUUACAAUCGUGCGCAAACACUGUUUUGGGUUCAGGCCACACUGGAAGCUCUCCGGGGUCCGAUGUCGCAACGCGAGCAACGGCUCGGACUUUGGACCCCUUGGUUCUCACAGACAGACACACAAAAACCGCAUUCCCUUUGAUGCUAAAAUCAACAGUGGCGGCUUCAAAGUGUCUCGCUUUGAUGGAGCGCCGCAUGAGAAAACUAACGUGGGCAGCGGAGCAGUUCUACGGGAGAACCGGGCCGUGACCAGCGAGAGUCUUAAGGGUAUUUCAGAAGUAAUCGUAAUUCACUCGACGCCUAAAGACCGCAGGGUUGACGUUCUGAUUUCAUGUGUGUGUGUGUGUGUGUGUGUGUGUGUGUGUGUGUGUGUGUGUGUGUGUGUGUGUGUGUGUGUGUGUGUGUGUGUGUGUGUGUGUGUGUGUGUGUGUGUGUGUGUGUGUGUGUGUGUGUGUGUGUGUGUGUGUGUAAGCGUGUAAGAAAGACAAAGACUUCCUUUAGCGUGUACAGAAAGAUUGACAAAAUAUUUUUAAAAGAGUAAAGGAAUGCUUGUACGGGCGUCUUAUCAAUAAGCCCGCGCCGUCUCGAGGAGUUCGUUCAUUCAUUUCCCGAGGCACACGCUCCGCCAGCUCCCACUCCGAGCUCGGAGGAGGAUGCGCAGAGAGCUCUUUGGUAAACGCACGGCCGCCAUUUUCCGAAGAAGAUAAUCUCGGAAGUGCUUUUGAUUUUGACAACUCUCAAACACUGAAGCCAGACGAGAGCGUUGUAAUUAGAGUUUGUCUAUGCGAUGGAGGGGGGAGGUUGGUAAUCCAACUGAAACAUCUUAUAAUUGGAUUUGUGUUCUCUUUUGUUUGUGGUCUGUAUGUUUUUUGUGGGGUUUUUUUGGCUCAGGUCUUCUAAUAAAACGGGUGUUGGACGUGAUAACCGUACAUGAAAAUGUACUUAAUCUACCAUGAACCCCGAUACUAAGAAUGGAGUAUUGUUCAACUGUGGAGCACUAUGAGAAUGUAGAUUAACCCCUCAGGCUUUGCCUAUAUGUAAAUACAUUAUCUGUGUAAAUAGCAUUAACGCUCCUCUGGUGUGUUCUAAUGAUCCAGCGUAAGGGUGAAUUUAAACGUCGCUGCAAAGAGCAAUAAAAAAGAUAAACCAUUAUUUUUGUCAUUAACUGUUCAUUUCUCUGCUGUAACCGCCUGCCUUUUGAACGGAGGACGGAUUCAAACCACUCAACGUGUGUGUGUAUAUGUGUUUGCAUACCUCCUUGUUAUAAUAUGGAAUGACUGUCCAUAAAUAAAGGUUUGUUCAAUUGUA